AUGGAAGCUGUAGUAAAGAGCGUUAUGCAGCAAUUUUGUGAAGAAAAUAACAUCUUGCAGGAUUUUCAACAUGGCUUCCGGAGAGGACGUUCCUGCCUCUCAAAUCUGCUAGCUUGUCUGGAGAUCUGGACCAGGGCUCUAGAAGAGGGUUUCGAGGUCGAUGUCGUAUACAUCGAUUUCCGCAAAGCUUUUGACACUGUCCCGCACCAACGUCUUCUUCACAAAUUGAGCGCCAUCGGCAUCCGAAGAGAUCUUCUGAACUGGAUUAGGGCGUUUCUGGUUGGUCGGAAACAACGUGUCUGUGUCGGUGAUGAUAUGUCAGAAUGGGUGAAUGUGACCAGUGGUGUGCCGCAAGGCUCAGUUCUGGGACCAUUGCUCUUCAUCCUUUACGUUAACGACAGCCUUCAGGAACUCGACUGCGGCAAAAUAAUGUUUGCAGACGACGUCAAGCUCUGGCAAGUCAUUAAGGGUCAGAAUGAUCAGAGAUCCCUUCAAGAUAAUCUGCACCGACUGCAAGCGUGGUCGAAGAAAUGGCUUCUAGAUUUCAAUGUGGAGAAGUGUGCCAUCUUUCAUCCGUGUCCAACCAACUCUCAUUCAAAUGACAGCCUGAGGACAUAUCAUCUGAAAGACAUAAGGCUCCCCGCAGAAUCUUCACAGAAGGAUCUCGGGGUUUGGAUACAGAACAACCUGAAACCAACACUGCAGUGCCACAAGGCUGCAAAAAACGCCAUGGGAGUGCUGCAUGCAAUAAAAAGAGCUUUCGUUAACUUGGACCAAGACCUUUUUGGGAGAGUUUACGGCACAUUAGUUCGUCCCCACUUAGAAUAUGGCAUACAAGCAUGGCGGCCAUGGCUGGUAAAGGACCAGGAAUGCCUCGAACGGGUACAACGACGUGCAACAAAGUUGGUAAACGGUCUAAAAAGCCAUUCCUACACAGACAGACUGAAUUGCCUUAAUUUAUUCCCUCUGUGUUACAGGCAGCAAAGAGGUGAUCUUAUCCUCGUCUACAAGAUAAUACAUGGCCUUGAGUAUGGACUUAACUUUGAGGACGUGUUUCAGUGGCACCUUUUACCCAAUCUUCGUGGUCACUCGAUGAAGUUACGGACAACAAUGUCCAGGCUGAAUCUUCGUUCUGAAUUUUUCACGCAGAUGGUAGUGGAGAAAUGGAACGAUCUCCCUCAGUCAGUCGUGGAGGCUACAUCCCUGCAACUCUUCCAGAAACGCUUGGAUGAUUAUUUGUGUCCCCUGUUUUCCCUCGACAGUCUGAAUCUGAAUUAA